CCACUUUCGACCGUUAUUGCGUCGGCGCCAACGUCCACGGACCAGCAUGAGCCACUGGACGGCGAUCAACCCCGUAGGCCAGAGCCCGUCGCCGGCGCCGAUCAAGCGCGUCCGCGAGGCCGGCCGAGCGCCAUCGACGCCUGAUGGCGAUGCAUCUCCGCCACCAUCGCCUCGGAAGAAGCGCAGCAAGCGAAGCCUCAUGGAGACCGAGGAAGCGCUUGAGGCCCGCUUGACGGCCUCGUACGAGAAGACUUUGCAGUCGCAUGCUACGCCCGCGGUGGCGACAAGCAUGUACGUGGAGAUCUUGCAGUUCAUCGCCUCGCUCGACGACAUGGGCGCGCUCUCGACGACGACCCGCAAGAUCCAGUACCUCUGUCUUAAGAACCUCGCGCGUCUCGAAGUCAAGAGCGACCCGAACGCGACCGAGCGCGCGCUGCAGCACUACGCCGACGCCUUGGACUUGGACACGACGGAUUGCAUGGUGUGGUACGAAGCUGGCUGCGUCGCUUUCCAGCUGCAGCAGUUUGGCCUCGCGCGCGCGUACCUCGAGGAAGCAUUUGCGCUCGACGCUUGCUUCUGGCCCAUGGUCUACAAGCUUGUGCUCGUCCUGUACGUCUUGCAAGAUGAAGCCGAGUGUUUGCGCUUGGUCAAACACGUGCUCGCCCACGACGCCAAGCACCCCGUGGCUACGUACCUCGAAGCCAAGCUCUCAGGCCAGACCAGUACUACAAUGCCAUGUCCAGCAAGCGUCGUAGCUGCCGAGGCGCAGCGUGCUCAUACCCACACGCAGCUCCCGGUUCCGCGCCAUUCAAACGUCUUGGCGUACACGCUCCAUGACAACUCGUGGGCAUCGCUCGGCGCAUUGCUCUUGGAGCUCUUUGACGAAGCACAUGGGUCGAUCGAUGACGCGUCGCCCUCGAUGCAGCAACCGAUUGUGAUCUUGCCCGCUCCCGCCGCCGCCCCGGUGGUGGUUCCAUCACCCGUUAAAGCCGAGGUGAUUGCGAGUAUUGUGAUAACCGCGCCGUCGGUGCCGGAAGUCAUCGACAUUAGCGAUGACGACGACGACGACGAUGUGGUCAUCGUCGAAGCCAUUUCCGCGCCGGACGCGGGCGCGCCUGCUGCCAAGCCACUUUGCGCGGGCGUCGCGAGCCUGCGCAAGUCGAGUGACACGGACCCUGCGUCACCGGCGACGCAGAGCCGGCGGACGUCGCACCGAACGCAGAAGCGCAUGCAGGACGAGAUCGAAGCCGCGAUCAAAGAAGCCAAAGAGAAGGACAUUGCUUACCAACUCCUCUCGUUUAUUGACAAGGACACGGACGCGGCCGUGACGCACGAUGCGUCGAUAUACGACACGUGUGUGCGCGCCGAGAUGGCGCUGGAUGGAUCUGCGCUGCGCUUCUUCCGUGGGUCCCAUGAAGAAGCGACGCUGGAGCUCGCACCGGCAGUGGCCAAAGAGCUGCUUCCGUCGCCCCUGUCGUCGCCGCUGCCAGACGAGGACGCAUUGGCAGUGCUGGCGCUGUCGGUCGAAGGCUUUCUUGGCAGUCUCUCGGGCACCAAAGGCCACUCACUCGAGGCGCUCAUGGUUGAGUUUCUGGACGCUGUCGCGCAGCACCCUAAUGUCGCCUUGGGCAACGACCUCCUCCGCAUCGUGCGCCUGAUGGAUUGUUGCCUCCGCGAUGCGCCCGACACCCGGCCUGUCCUGUCAUCCCCGGCCAUACAUCUCUCGCUCUCGUGUCAGCUCUUUCUUCUGGAGCUCCAAGUCGACGCGCUCAUUGCCGGGUACGACCCGCUCACGCACAGUCGCGUCGAGUUUUUUGCGGCACUGCAACGCCAACAGCAGCAUUUGCAUCGCUGGAAGCUCGACUGUUGCGACACGGCAAGCGACGCCCUGGACACGACGCUGGACUUGCGCUUUCUUUGGCUGCAAAUCCACUUGGAUGAGCACCUCGGACAUGUCGACGCGGUGCUGGAUGCGCUCGAGGCGCUGCUAACACUCCUCGGCUCGACGGUUCUAGCACUGGGGAAUGUCGCAACGUUUCCGCGCCUCUCCCGGUCCGCUGUUGAGCGCAAGCUUCAGAAACAAGCGCUCACCGUUCUCGCCAAGCAAGUGUGCGACCGGUUCGCUGUCGUGGACCCGUCGUCCACGACGGUCGAGACGGAGAUUGUGGACUUGGUUUUGCCGCACUACGACCCGCGAGCUCGCAAGGGCAGUCGCGUCGAGGACCUCGUGCUGCAGUUUCGGCUCUACCUUCUUCAGAUGUACGACUUGAAAAUGACCACGUCGCCGCUGGCCAAGCCGGCGCCGCCGCUUCUCACGAUGCUCAUCAAGUGUCUCGUGCGCCUCGAGCGCUAUGAAGUGUGCUACGAACUGCUCUGUUUGAGCUGGUACUACAUUCUCCAGCACCAAGCAACGACGACCGACAAGACGACGGUCCAGUGCCUCAAGUACGUCACGUCGCAGCUCCAGACAGUGUUUGCCAAGAAGCCGUACAUGACGCCCGUGUAUGUGCUGCUGCAUCAAGUGUGCGCGUUUCAGUGCCGCGAUUUCAUGCUGCGCCACUUUCACUCGUCGAGUCUGCUGAGCAUCCUCGCGCAGACGCUGCCAAGCGCACAUGUCCCGGCUCUUGUGGGCAAGAUCCUGCACCAGCUCACGUCGAUCGACCUCCGGAAGCGAGGCAACACGUCGCUUCUGGCACUCUCGCUGAGCGCGCUCCAGCUCUUGUACCAGCACCUCAAGGCUAUGGACGCCAGUACCACGAUCCCGCCCGCGCUGGCCAAAGCGCUGAGCAGCGCGAUCGCCGUGUACCUCAAGACCCAGAUUGAGGCCGGCAAGUUCCGCGCCCAGUCCCGGCAACUGCUCUACGCGUCGUGCACGUCAUUUCUGCUGCUCUGGCAGUACUUGGACGACGGCAGUACGCUUCAAGAUGGCAUUCAGAUGACCGAGCUUCUGCACGAUCUUUUGACGAGUGGCGACGGGCUCGAAGACCACGGCAUGUGUGGCCUCGACGGCGACCGGACGUUCCUUCUCACCACACGGCAGAUCUUGACGAAGAUUCAGGAAAAGGCCGAGAAGUCGGACGAGGCGCUCAUUGAGGACCUGGAGGAGGCGCUUGCGCAGUGCUACUGCUGCCUUUACGGCUACGCGCUUUUGCCAUCGUGCGUCGAGCACAUACCCAAGGAAGGCAAGAAACCGACGCCCAAGUGCGCCGACGACAUGCUGGCGCUGCUGUCGUUCGCACAGUCGCUCGACCCAAAGCACUGCACUCGAAAAGAGUGCUACGCGCUCUACAAGGACGUGCUGGCGCUGCCCGAGACGGCCGAGAUGAUGAAGACGAGCCCUUUUGAUAUCCACGCGAUUGGUGGCUAUGUCAACCCCGUCGCAUCGGCUGACGUGCAUGUCAAGCUGCCGCCGAUCGCAGCCGCCAUGAACGCACCGACACCGGACGCGACGCCGGUCAGCAAUCUCUGGUUCCUCCUGGCGACGACGAUGCCUUUUCCGAAAUGCAAGCGCCGCGGAAAGGACUACACCGUCCUCCUCGAGUACGAGCAGUACUGUCUCCAGUACAUGCAGUACCUCCGGCGCGACGUCCGCGUGCACCCGCAGCGUGCCGAAGCCUACGAGCUCCUCGCCCAGAGCGCCAAGACGCUCCGUGCGCUCGUGGUCGACCAUAUGAACGUGGUCUGGUCCAACCACUUCGUGCUCCAGCCACUUCCUUUGCAGCGUACGAUCCUGCUUGAGGCCGGUGUCCAGCCCACGUUUGAUGAGAUCUCGGGGACGCCGUACUUCCAGCACGUUUUGCAGUGGACCGACGCGGUCGAUAAGACACUGCCCGACGACGUGGCCUCGCUCACGCCCAAGUCGCGCUUGUUUCUGCAACAGUACACGCAGUACACGGCUGUGCUGGCCGAGCUUGCGUUGCGCUCCAUGGACAUGGCAGCCGAGCUCGACCCGGCAGCGCAUCGUAUCGAGUGCAGCGAAGACAGUGGUUUUUUGCUGUAUACGCGGCUGUCGGAGCACCAACUUGCCAACGCCGAAGCGGUUCGUGUCGCCGAGGCCGCCAGCCGGUACUUUAAGAGCGCUCUCGCCGAUGCAGCGUGCUCGCCAGUGACGACGCUGCGUGUGUACUACAUGCUCGGAAAGCUCGGAAAGAAGGUGUUGAAGCUGCACAAUGAACGCCACCUUGCGUCGUCGUGGCGGUCAGUGCUCGAGUCAUUUGCGACCGCAGACAAGGCGCGCGUCGAUGACGACGCCGACGAGUACCUCGUCCACGCCUUUCACCAGCUCCACGCGACACGCCUCAAGCUGCUGCUCGCACCGGUGUUGGAGCGAUGUACGCCGGCGACAGCACCCGAGCUUCGCCACGCGCCGCUGCCGCGCCUUGACGACGCCUUGCCGUCCGCCGAGAUGCUGGCGGUGAUCGAAGCGUUUGCGUAUGAAAAGGAUGACGGGGCCCCGGUGGUUCUCGAGACGGACCCGCGCAAGCGCUUCCAAGCUGCGCUGGAGAACUGCGUCUUGGCCCUCGAGGUCGCGCCGCAAGAAGACAAGUACUUUCACCCGGCGUACUUUAGCCUUGCCCGGGGAGUCUUUUUUGCUGGUGCGAUCGUUGAGGACGAGACCAAGUACGGGGCCGCCGCCGCGCUCAAGGCGAUGAAGCCUCUCUUUGACAAGAAGCGGUCGCAGAUCGUCUCGGUGUGGCUCUCCGAGUCGGACACGCACAAGCUCGACGAGCUGCACCAGACGCAAGCUGCGUACGACAAGCUCCGGCUCAAGUACCACCAGUUUUACAUGCACUUGCUCACGGCCGGCGGCGAUUAUGCGCGCAUCUGUGAGAUUACCAACUGGAUCACGAGCAGCAAGGAAGAACAUUGGGUGCUCGAUGCAAUGUUGGCGCAGGCACUCGUCGCCCGGAGCUACCUCGCGCGCGGUCGCGUGCUCGACAUGUACAUGAAGUGCCUCUUUCCGCAAAGCGACGAUGAACCCGCGUCUGCCAAGGCCGUCGCGCACCUGCACCGCAUGUACGGCGUCUAUAUGGAGUCGCAAGACGCGUGGCAACGCGCACGUCCGUACAACUUCGGGUCGAGCAUGGGCAGCUGGCUCUGGGAGGUGACCAUGGCGUACGCAUUGGCCCAAGCAUCAUUGAUCGAGUCAGGCGCGGACCUGCUCGGCGUCGUGGCCGUUGCGCAUGUCAAGACGCACCUCGACACGCGGGACCCGUUGAUGACGAACGAAACGAGCCUCCUGAGACUCCAUCUCGAGCUCAAGAUGGAAGACCGGCGCGACUGGGCCGACUUGGUGGACAAUGCGCUCACGUACUGCGCGACGACGUGGCCCGAGAAGUCGAAGAGCAGCAAGUCCAAGCUGGCGACCCCCAAGACCAAGCUACACCUGGCGCUGGGGUAGUUGCUCUCUUUAUUGCAUCC